CGGCGCCGCGCUCGUGCCCAGCCGCAGCUAGAGGGGCGCGAGGGGAACGCGCUCCAGGCCCGGGCCGGCCGCGCGGCCAUGAAGAUGAUCCUGGUUCGCCGGUUCCGCGUGCUCAUCCUCAUGGUCUUCCUGGUGGCCUGCGCGCUGCACAUCGCCCUGGACCUGCUGCCCAGGCUGGAGCGGCGCGGCGCGCGGCCCUCGGGGGAGCCCGGCUGUUCGUGCGCGCAGCCCGCCGCCGAGGUGGCCGCGCCCGGCUGGGCCCAGGUUCGGGGCCGCCCCGGGGAGCCCCCGGCCGCCUCCUCCGCCGCCGCCGACGCGGGCUGGCCCAACAAGCACACGCUGCGCAUCCUGCAGGACUUCAGCUCCGACCCCUCCUCCAACCUCUCGUCCCACUCGCUGGAGAAACUGCCGCCCGCGGCGGAGCCGGCCGAGCGCGCCUUGCGGGGGCGGGACCCGGGCGCCCGGAGACCCCACGACCCCGCGCACCGGCCGCUGCUGCGAGACCCCGGCCCGCGUCAGUCCGAGCCGCCGCCCGGCCCCGGCGGAGACGCCUCGCUCCUGGCCAGGCUGUUCGAGCACCCGCUUUACCGGGUGGCGGUGCCGCCGCUCACGGAGGACGACGUCCUGUUCAAUGUGAACAGCGACAGCAGGCUCAGCCCCAGAGCGGUGGAAAGCCCGGACUGGCCGCAUGUGGGUGCUGAAGGUGCAGAAUUCCUCUCCACCGGGGAGGCAGCCGUGGACUCCUAUCCCAACUGGCUCAAGUUCCACAUUGGCAUCAACCGAUACGAGCUGUACUCCAGACACAACCCAGCCAUCGAGGCCCUGCUGCACGACCUCAGCUCCCAGAGGAUCACCAGCGUGGGUAGGUGCCCUUGGGUGCACUUGAGGGCAGUCUGUGUGCCGGCCGGGGCUGGCAUCAGGGCUGCCGGGGCAGGCUGUGCAUUAGAGAGGUCUGGGAGGCCGUUGUUCGUUACCGCAGCGUUAACCUCCUGCAGCGAUCUGCACAGGCAGUGUGGAGGGACGGAAAGCUCGCGUCUCGUGUGCACUCACACUGGAUGUGCCCCGAUCUGCUGCACGAUGAGCUGGGAGAUGCCUGGACAGCCCGUCCGCUGUGCUCUGCCUCCUCACCUGGGUGGUCCUUGGGGUGCCAACUGGACGACAGCGUCCCUCCCUCCUGGGGUAGAGGACUAGAAGGGCAUCCUCGGCGGCGGUGACCCCUCCACCGAGACCGUGUGCGUGGGACUCUUCUGCUUUUCUGCACACGACCCUGGCUGGGUGGGGAGAUAGCCAUGAGCCUGCUUCUUGUGGUUUUGAAGCCGUCCUUCGUCAGAGCUCAGCAAGGCACUGUGCGAUUUCAUACUGAGGAGACGUAGGCAGGGUUCAGGAUGGAGGCCUGGGCCUCCCGGGUGGAGGAGUUCAAAGGCAACGUCUCCAGGUGCUUUGGGAUCUGCUGAAUUGGACAAAAAAGGGCAUCGGGUUGCUGAUUUCAGGAAAAUGUGCCACUGCAGCUUCUGAGUGUGGAGGCUUGGUGCCGUUGUUCUCAGCGUGUAGGCAAUUGUUUGUGAAGCUCCCGUUUGUCACCAGUGCUUGGAGAGGCAGUGAGGGCAGGGCUGAGGCCCUUUGGUGGGAGCGGCUGCUCCCCGGGGAUUGCAGGGAGUGGGCCUGAGUGCACACAGGGGGCAGGUGCAGAGGUUGGGAGAGCCUGAAGGCAGGGCUUUCUUUGCGCUGUGUGACGAGGCCAGCCGUCCCACGCAUUAGCUGCGUGUGUGUCUCAGAAGCAGCCCUGGGGCUGAAAGGGUCCCGGCGGCCUGGGGUUCUGCCCAGUUGCUGACACAGGACUCAGGUGUCCCCUUUCAGGCUGGCAGGUGGGUUUUCCGGAGCCCUUCAGGGCUGUUCCUGGCGGUCUCUGUCCGGUGCCGAGUUAUUUGCUGGACACUCACCUGGCCAUGGGAAGAGAGAACUUGCAGCUUUCUCCCCACUCCGUGAUCAGCUCACCUCAUAAGAGAGAUCAGCUGGACAAGCUGGGGGUCCUCUUCCCUCCAUACUGUCUGGGAGGAACCUGAACCCUCCCCAUCCCUCGAGGCCCCCCUCCAUGGAAACUCUCCCUUUCUCCUGCCCUGCAGGGGUCUGAGGGCUUCGAGCUGUGCUGGAGGGCAGUCCUGCAGACAGCCACAGCCGGAACGUCCCUUCUGCCCCCGAAAGUGAGCGUGGCCGUUAAGGAAAUAUCCGAUGCAUUGAUCAGUGUGUGGGUCCAUUCAGCAGAUUUUACCAGCACCUCCUGCAUGUCAGGCCCCGUGUCUGGGUGGUGGGGAGUUGAGGAUGAGUUCAGCCUCAAGGAGAUCCGCUGCCUCUGUGGACCCAACGGCCCCCGGAAGAGACGCACAUGCAGUGCCCGGUCCUGAGGAGAAAUGAGCACUUCAGAGCCACACAUGCCAGGCAGGGCGUGUGGAGAGGAGGGGGCUCCACUGGGAGGGGCUGAGGACCUUCCACGGGGUCCGUCGGGCGGCUCGCCUUCCAGGUGGGGUCCGUCGUGGCAGGGAGAGGAAUGUGAGAGCAUUGCACACCAGCCAGGGCGUUCGGGAGGCGCAGCACCCACGUUCGGGAGCCUCCCAUGCCGCCGUCCGUGUGAGCUUCUCUCCAGCUCAUUUUCCCCGUCCGUCCAGCGGGGUCUCCCCAUGUAGGAUCGACGCAAGGAUAGGAUGAGAUGGUGCACGUGAGCAAGCUUGUAAAAUAUUAGCUAGUA